AUGGAACGGUCGAGUGAUAAGAAAGAGUCUAACCCGAUACGUUGCUAUGGAUGCGGCCAACCGGGCGUGAUUAGGUCGAGAUGCGAGAAAUGUUCUAGUGGUGAUUCUGCCAAGUCGUCGGAUUUUAGCACGGUGACGGCCGAUGACCCCAUCGCUAAUUCUCAACCGAUGGUCAAUAUACGUGUAGUAGGUCAGAGUAGGAUCGUGGCAACUGGUAUCGUACCAGUUAAAUUAGGGGAUAAAGAAAUUAUUACGGAGUUCAUGGUGUUUCCCGGGGACAACACCCAUGUUCCGGAUAAGAAGUUGCCUUUCGCGAAGUCGUUUGUUUUAAACAGCGAGUUGAUGCAAGUAGAUGUCUCGGACGUCUCCCUGCGUGAAAAUGAAAGCACGGAGUUGUCAUCGGAUCAGAGGGCCACAUUCAACAAAUUUCUGCGAGGGAGAAAGGACCAGUUCGCCACUGAAGGACCUCCUACGGAAUUCAACACGCAUAAAAUUAGGGCGAUGCAGAAGAAGUACGUUGAUGAGAACCGCCGACCAGCUCCCGAUUAUCAAGUGGAGGACCUGGUGCUGCUCAAGACGCGAGGACCCAAUGAUGCGGGCAAGGGACAGACGCCUAAGUUCAUUUCGCGACGCGACGGUCCUUAUCGAGUUAGGAAGGUGCUCAGCGCGACGACGUAUGAAUUAGAGCGGGUAGGCGUUGGCCGCUCGGGGCGCGUGGCCUUGAGUCCCGGCCGCCCGGCAGGAGGCCCUGCCGGGGGCCCGCCGUCGCCAGUCGGUGCGCACGCGUCGUAUCAGAAGGACGUGUGCAUCGUAUUCCUCCGCGACUCUCACUAUUUUAUCGAAGUUGUACUAAGUAAAUUUUGUAAGGCAUAUGCCAGUAAGCUCUAUGUUGAUGAAAAUAAAGAGUUUACAAACUGCACCAGUGUCUUA